CGGUAGCGACAGCGAGGCGUACGAUGACUCCAGCUCGUCCUAUUCCUCACUUGGAGACCUCGUGAGCGAGAUGAUUCAAGGCGACAUCCAGGGAGACACGCCGAGCUUGGACCCGCCCACUCACGCCGCCCUGGGAGACGCCAGCGAGGUUGAGUUUCAAGACUUCCACGACUUCAGGGAAGGGCACAGCGCGGAGGGUCCGCCCGGCGGGGACGGGCCCGCCGAAACGUCGGACGGACAACCCCUCCGAUCGAGCUCCAGCACAACCGCAAGCUCCAGUCCAAGCACAAUCAUCCAGGGCGUCAACAACGAGCAGGGCGAAGUACCUGAAAUCGAAGCCUCAGCGAGCGCCGCCUUACAGAACCCUGUCCCCGGACUGGGCAGCCAGCCGUUCCUCAGACCCGCAGCCGAUGCCGGUCUGGUGGAUCCAGCCAACAAAAAGCAAGAGUAUGACAACCCGUACUUUGAGCCUCAGUAUGGCUUCCCCUCAGAGGAUGAUCCUGAUGCAGAGGAGCAAGUGGAAUCAUACACCCCUCGAUUCAACCAGAACCUCAAUGGCAACAAAGCUCAGCGUCCUUUACGUCCCAGCAGCCUGAGGCUUCCAGGAGAGUCUGACGGAGAAGACUCACGCAACAGCUCGCCCAACUCCACCAUCUCCAACAGCAGCAACGACGGAUUCGGAGGACUCAUGUCCUUUGCCAGCAACCUUUACAAGAACCACGGCACCAGCUUCAGUCUGUCCAAUCUGGCUCUUCCCAACAAGGCGGCGAGGGAGAAAGCAACACCUUUCCCCAGUCUGAAAGGCGCUCGUGCACCUCGGGCACUCGUGGACCAGAAGUCGUCGGUGAUCAAACACAGUCCGACGGUGAAGAGAGAGUCGCCCUCUCCUCAGGGUCGAGUCAACAACACCAGUGAGAACCAGCAGUUCCUGAAGGAGGUGGUGCAGAGCGUCCUGGACGGCCAGGGCGUCGGCUGGCUCAACAUGAAGAAGGUCCGACGCCUGCUGGAGAACGAGCAGCUGCGCGUCUUCGUGCUGAGCAAACUGAACCGAGCCGUGCAGUCGGAGGAGGACGCCCGGCAGGAGAUCAUCCGAGACGUGGAGGUGAGCAGGAAGGUGUAUAAAGGCAUGCUGGACAUCUUGAAGUGCACGGUUUCCAGUCUGGAGCACUCGUACACCAACGCCGGCCUCGGAGGAAUGGCCAGCGUCUUCAGCUUGCUGGAAAUAGCUCGAACACAUUACCAAACCAAAGGAUCCGAAGGAGCGAAGCAGCAGCGUCCUCAGGUGGCCGACGCCGAGGAGAAGAAAUCUCAGAUCAGUGCCGACAGCGGCCUCAGCGUCGCGUCCGGAUCUCAGAAAAGCGACACCGAGUCGGUGACGAGCUCGGAGCCGCCGAUCCUGACGAGGAGCACCAGCCAGGACUCGGAGGCCAGCACAGUGAUCAGCAACAGCUCCGGAGAGACUCUGGGCGCCGACAGCGACCUGAGCAGCACAGCAGGCGACGGACUCGGAGGCAGAACCGCUCCUCAUUUGGCUCAGUCCAGAGGGACGCUCUCCGACAGCGAGAUCGAAACCAACCCGGCCACCAGCGCCGUGUUUGGGAAAACCCACACUCUGAAACCCGGCGCCAAAGACCACGUCCCCGCGGUGGCCAAGGCUCCGCCCGCUCAGCCCAUGGAGGACAUCAGCAUGAGGAUUUACCUGUGUGAAGGCCUGCUGGGUAAGGAACGCUCCACGCUGUGGGACCAGGUCCAGUUCUGGGAGGACGCCUUCCUCGACGCUGUGAUGUUGGAGCGGGAGGGGAUGGGCAUGGACCAGGGCCCUCAGGAGAUGAUCGAAAGAUAUUUGUCUCUUGGAGAUCACGAUCGCAAACGUCUGGAGGACGACGAGGACAGACUUUUGGCCACUUUGCUGCACAACAUGAUCGCUUACAUGCUGAUGAUGAAAGUGAGCAAAAACGACGUCAGGAAGAAAGUGAGGCGCCUGAUGGGGAAGUCCCACAUCGGCCUCACGUACAGCCAAGAGAUCAACGAGAUUCUGGACAAACUGGCCAACAUGAACGGCCGCGAGCUGUCCAUCCGGCCCAGCGGAAGCCGACACAUCAAGAAACAGACGUUUGUCGUCCACGCCGGCACCGACACCACAGGAGACAUCUUCUUCAUGGAGGUCUGCGACGACUGCAUCGUGCUGCGCAGCAACAUCGGCACCGUCUACGAGCGCUGGUGGUACGAGAAGCUCAUCAACAUGACCUACUGCCCCAAGACCAAGGUGCUGUGUCUGUGGAGACGCAACGGCCAGGAGACGCAGCUCAACAAGUUCUAUACCAAAAAGUGUCGUGAGCUCUACUACUGUGUUAAAGACAGCAUGGAGAGAGCCGCAGCCAGACAGCAGAGCAUUAAACCAGGUCCGGAGCUGGGCGGCGAGUUUCCCGUCCAGGACAUGAAGACGGGCGAAGGCGGACUCCUGCAGGUCACGCUGGAGGGAAUCAACCUCAAGUUCAUGCACAGCCAGGUUUUCAUAGAGCUGAGUCACAUUAAAAAGUGCAAUACAGUGAAGGGAGUCUUUGUCCUGGAGGAAUUUGUUCCUGAAACUAAAGAAGUGGUGAUCCACAAGUACAAGACCCCCAUGGCUCACCAGAUCUGUUACUCCGUCCUCUGUCUUUUCUCGUACGUGGCGGCGGUGAAGGGGAAGGAGGCGGAAGGAGGAAAACCCAAGAUGCUGUCGCCGAGGCCCCUGCCCAGUUAGUGUCCGGCCCGGCUCGGCCCGGCCCGGCCUCCCCCUCCUCCGACCUCGGCCUGCCUCUCUACUUGAAAAAAAAAAAAACAAAAAACGCCACCUCGGCUCUGAAAAGACUCUCGACAAUCCCCGACUCUACUCUAAGCACAGCGCUCUCCUGUACAUACCUCUGUUUCUUUCUUUUUUCUUUUUUUAGACGUGUUUGCUCCGUGAUGUCGUUGUAAAUACCCUCGUCCAGAUGUUCGCCCUACGCUUAAACCUCCCGCUCCGUGUGAACGUCUUGUCCGCUGUUUUUAACCGACGGCUCGAGUGCAUGCAGGUCCCGUGCACAAGCCUCGACAUCCACUACGGCGUCGCUCCUUCCUCCUCUUCCUCUUCCUCUUCCUCCUCGUCUCCCUCCAUUCGACUGUGUGAGUUCGUUCUGUGCCGUGUGGUUUCCCGUGAAGUCGUCGUGCAGGAUGUCGAUGAAAACCGCACCAGAGCGCCGCAUGUAAACGCUUCUCCUACGUGGUGUUUUUUUGAAAACCCUGUGAGUGUUCUAGACCGGAUUACCGUCGUAGUUCUGCUGUAAAACUUUCUCGUCUGUGGUCUGCUGUUAUAUCGGUUGCAUGUUACUAUGGCGACGACAAAUAAAUAUUAUAUAUAUUUCUAUAUAUAGUAUUUAUUUAAUAUAUACAUACAUAUAUAUUGACUGUACAUUUCUCUGAGGAAAAAAAAAAAAAAGUUAUAAAAAUUGUCGAUUUGCUAGAUGUGCAAUACUCAAUAAGACGUAGUUAGCCAUUGCCAGAGUGUCCCUCCUCCAGUGAACUGGCUCCAACAGGGUGAAGAAUGUACCACACAGGGGUUCUGUUCUGUUUGUUUUUCUUCUAUUGAUUGAGGUGAAUAUUCAGCGUGACGUGAACGUUCGUCCUCGUGUCGGUCAGGAGGCGACGGCGGCUGCGUUGGUCUUUAAGGAAGUCGUUUGUAUUUUAGGCACAUUUCUGGUCGGUUGUGUGGAAGCAGGUGUUUUAAAGCUCCUCAGCGGUUGUUUCGCUGCCUUCUGUGAAACUUUAGGCGUCCUGCAGCCUCGGACACAUUCAUCUGGACUCUAACAGCGAGUCGUGGGGACGCUGCUGUAGAUGUUAUCGUCUUCUCGCUGCUUGUAAGUGUUGAAACCGUCGACUGCAGGCUGCACAGAAGGCCUCUUUGAUGGCACACGUUUGGUGUUUCACAGACUUCCUGCUACUGACGAUGUCGGCCGCAAAGUCGUCGAUCUGUACCUUGAAAUCUGCUUAAAAUUGCUGCGUCCAAAUAUUUGUACGUCCACGAAAAGUUCAAUUACACGUUAGAAAAACAUUCGAAGGCGUUAGAGCGAAAAUUCUUAGUUGGACACAACUGGAAUGAGUUUUAAAUCUGUAUUUGGGGUUUUCCUUCUUCAUUCUGGUCGUUAUUCAGAAUCUAAAACUCUCCGUCGUUCAGCUCAUCGUGCAUCUAAACGCUCAGACUGAGGCAGCUGGUCUUGAUUCAGUAACUUGAAGAUGUUUCACCGUUUAUCUGAAACUUUUCUUCAGUUUAGUUCAGAUAAAAGCUGGAACGUCUUCAAGAAACUCAACUCCAGCUGCCUUCAGUAGAACAUUUAGGAGAACGUGUCUUUAGUUUUCCAGACACGGGGUCGUAUGUUCUGAUGAUUUCUGUUCGAAGCAGCGACUUUUGCUGGAACAGAAUCUGUAAAUUUACAGCUACAGGUCGACCAGUCGGGCUUUCUUUCGUCGAUUUAUACAGACGACAUGACCGGAAAAAAGGUCAAGAGGCAGACAGAUUAGGAAAAAUCUAAAUAUUUUCCAAGUCCAUGAACGUUCGUCGCUGUCAGGUGAUAGUUUAAGACCCUGAUGAGAAGUAAGACAAACGUCUGAGUGAAAAGUUUUAGUUGGAUGCGACUGUAAGGAGUUUAAAACUUCCUCAUUGUGGCGACAUGGUGACGAUAAAACCGCUUCGAAACGUCUGAGUGCUGGAUCUGCUUCAGUUCUUUGAAGAUGUUUUUAUCUGAAACGUUUCUUCAGUUCUGACUGAAAAACUAAACUGAGAACAGAAGGACGAUGAGAUCAAACCGACUUAAAAAUGUCUUUGGCCUUCAGUCUUCUGCCCGAGGCGACGACCUUCUGCUGCCGACGAUAUGUUUAAAUUUCCAGCUGCAGCUCUUUCUGUGUCCGUCUAUAAAGACUAAACGACAGAAAAAUGAUGUCAAGUUUCACGAGAAGCAGAUAAAUGGAAAGUUACUGAAGACGGAGCCGCUUGGCCUUUCGUAACUCGAUUUAUAGGCUGAAUAAAAACAUCAUUUGGUUGAAACAAAUCGAUUGUGAAGCCCCAGAAUCUAAUCCGACUUCUUCCAGUUGCUUGUUUUGACCGAGAUGUUUAAAAUAAGAUGUCGGAAAACUUGAAACGAGAAGAGAAACGCCUGCUUUCACAGAAACCGAUGAGCAGCCGUCCCUGUCGUUCGGCCGACUGACCGACGGACGCCUGCACAUCAUCGAGUCUUAACGUCGUGUUCGUUCCAAGAUGGUGGAGGUUCCUUCUCCGGCCGCCUGCCUCCACAGGAAGAGCGUCUCCGGGUUCGUUCGUGUGCAGCGAACAGUUUCUCCAGAUCAGCAAUAUAACCGGUGGAUCGGCCCCCCGAAGAGGUUUUAUUUUCAUCCUGAUGAUGUAUUUUUUAGUAACUGUGCAGAGAGGAAGUAAUCAGUAGGACGUCCACGAGAUGCUCGCUCCAGAAAAAAAAUAAAAUAAAAUAAAAAAACACAGGAGCGUCUUUCAAACCUGAUCUGGGGAUUUUCUGCUGAGUUUAAAAGAAAAAAAAAAAAAAAAAGUAUGUUUGACUUUUUGUUUGUUUUCUUUUUUUAAAAACUGGAUUAUCGCAGCUCAUCUCUGUCACUGUGUUCGCCGACUGCUGUAAAGAGAAGGAAUAAAAUAAUAAAAAAGAACUGAGAUGAAAGGUGUAAGUACUCCAGUAUUUGAAAAAGUAUUUAUAGAACAUGUACAGCUUUGGCAAUAUAAUAAAGUUGUCCCACAUGA